AAAAGCCGUUCAGGGAAAAAAAACUCCAACAAACAUGGCGGACGAAGAUGACUUCAACCUUUCUUCUGAUGAAGAUUUCUUAAACGAUUGGAAAUUUGAUGAAAAUUAUAAUUUAUCUUUUUUAUCACGAGAUGUUUCUUCCAACGUACCUAUGAAUAAUGAAAAAACCCCAACUUUUCUUGAGAACGUUUCUAAAAUAUUCUGUGACAAUGAUCAAAAUGACGGUCAAAGUUCCAUUAUGAAAGUGUCUCGAAUGGAUUUAAACACGACUAAAGCGGGAAUGGAUGGGUUGGACAAAAAUAAAAUCAACCAAAUAAUUUACGAAGCCAGCAAAGGCUCAAAGUUUUACGAAAAUGAGAGAAAGAAAGAACAGCAGGUUCAGAAACGUAUUACAGAACUGCGAAGAAAAAUGGUUUUGUUCACUGCUGAGCAGAGAAACAAAGCCCAUCAAUUCACAGAUAAACUAGUUCAGGAGUUAGAGAAAGGUCGUGACUUGUCAAGGAUUAUUGUCCACGUAGACAUGGAUGCAUUUUUUGCUGCUGUGGAGAUGAGGGAUGACCCAAGUUUGAAAUCGAAACCAAUGGCUGUUGGUGGAAAUGCGAUGCUUUCCACAUCAAACUACUUGGCUCGACGUUUUGGCGUGCGCGCUGCAAUGCCCGGGUUUAUUGCUAAAAAGUUGUGUCCAAAUUUGAUCAUUGUACCCUUAAAUUAUGAAAAAUAUAAAGAAGUCAGUUAUGAAAUAAGAGAUAUUUUUGCUGAGUACGAUCCAAACUUUUUACCCACGAGUCUUGACGAAGCAUAUUUGGAUAUUACACAUUAUGUUAGGAGUCGUCAAAGGAAGACAUCGAAAGUUGAUACUUCUGUAGAACAACAUGAACGUCAAAUGAAGAGCCCAAAAGAUCAGUCCACUGACGAGAGAAUGUUUGAUGGAGACGUUUACAACACAGUGGAAGAGGUCGUAAAAGAAAUGAGACGAAAAAUUGAAGAUAGAACCCAACUUACUGCUAGUGCAGGUAUCGCAUCAAAUAUGUUUCUCGCCAAGGUUUGCUCUGACAGAAAUAAGCCAAAUGGUCAGUUCUUUCUGAAGCCAGAAAAAGAGGAGAUCAUGAGGUUUGUCUCUGAAUUACCUCUGAGGAAAGCGUAUGGAAUUGGCCGCGUUAGCGAGCAAAUACUUACAUCCGUUUUAGAUGUUAAGACAUGUUCUCAGCUUUACGAUCGACGCGGAUUAAUGCAGCUUCUCUUUACUCCAACUGCAUUACGAUCCUACCUAGAAAUAUCUCUUGGUCUUGGAUCUAAUGUCGUCGACGUUGACCGUGAAAGGAAAAGCAUAAGCACAGAAACUACAUUUAAGGAAAUAAACAAACUCGAAGAUCAUUUAGGAAAAUGUCGCGAGCUUUGUGAAGAACUCUCGCAAAGUCUUAAAACGUAAACUCCAAGAAAAAUUGGCGUAAAAUUGAAGACGAUUAAUUUUGAAGUUAAGACAAGAAUAAGCACGGCCGCGUUUCCUGUUCAAAGAUCAGAGGAGUUAUUCUCACACGCAAAAAAACUCAUCCUUAAUGAAAUCCGUUCGUGUAUCCCGGAGCCAUUGCGUUUGAGGUUGAUGGGUGUUAGAGCUGCUGAAUUAUGUGAGAAGAUUGGAAAUGACGGUAAACAACUAACCAUCACGAGUUUGAUGAAGAAUGAAAGAACGGGUAUAGUGCAACCAUCAAAACCGUCACCGUGUUUCUCCUCCAAAGAAACCGAGAGCGAUGUUUGUGAUUUGACGGAAAGUGCGCAAUCGUCGUCGGCUCAGGUAUUCGAGACAUCAAAAAAACUCAAUUCCAAAGGACUUCCCAAUGUGGUUGACAAAUACGAGAAAUCUGACCAAUCAUCGAAGCCUGAUGUUGUUACAUCCCAACCUGCAGCAUUUAAAUGCCCUGUAUGUGGGAAGAACUUCACAUUUAAAUUUGGUGAUCCACUACUACAAAUGAAUACACAUGUUGACACUUGUCUGAAGAAACAAGAUCUACUCAAGAAUUCUGGAAACCAAAAGAUCCACGGAAAGUCGAUAACAAAGAAACGCAAACGAGAACCAUCACACACAAAGAACUGCAAACGCAAACCUAUGGACCGUUUCCUCGCAAAAUAAAAACGAGUUACGUUUCGUGGCAAAAGGUACAGGUUUACUAUGAUGGUAAGGUGUUAAAAAAAUCUGAAAUAUUGAAAACAUAGACAGGAUAUCAAUAAUGUGCAGGGAUCCUCUGGACAUGCUUAUGGACAAUUCCUUUUUUCUUUUCACAGAUCAAAAACUUCUUGUGGCAUUUAGCUGCAACUUUUGGAUGUUGUUAGCUUGAACAAAUAAUUAUAGUAUUUGCUGAAUUGGCAACUUUUUCAAAUCUUCUAUUGCGCUGACAGUCGUUUCAAGUUCUUUCUGAAGCUUGGAUAUUGAUUCAUUUAUACAAUUUUCAACCUCUCCAGAUAAUUGAAAACCAGCGUUCUGCAAGGGAAGAUAUGUCAUACAUACACUAACAAUUUGUGAAAAGCCAAUCAACAAGAACAAUGUAUUUUGUUUCACUUACUUUAAAUUUAACAACAAGACCUUUAAGGUUAAGUUUGGAAGAUGACAACAGCUGGAUGGCUUUUCUAUUUUCUUUUUCCCCUUUGACAGCUUCGCGAUACGCUAAAUGUAUUUAGAAUUAGGAUAUAAAAAAAAUUGUAAUAAUAUAAUACAUAAAAGAAGCUAAAAAUAUACUCUGUAUCAUUUACGCAUCUUUAAA